UGUGAAAUGCCGAGUUUAACGUAUAGUUCUAUAGCUCGACGAAGUCUGUGCUUUCCCCGCUAAUCAUUUGGGUCCGGACGGAUGAGAAGGACUGAGUAUACAUUGGAACUACUUUGUGUCGGAUAGCCGUGCUGCGCCUUUCUCUCCCACUCGCCCGUGCUAGUCCGCCAUCUUGAAUUUUAAUGUUAAUUUCUUUUUUAAAAAAAAUGUUUCUUGUAAUAUUUACGGUGCUGUUUCAGAUUUAGAUGACUUUUAAGCAGGGUUGCUUUAUUGGACGAUUAUUUGACCAGGUCACCCGAAUUCAUUUUCAAGACCCCAGUCUUCCCCACUCGAGAGUGUUUCUUCAUCUCGGAGACUAAAUGCAACUGGACCAGGGGGCUUGUGGGCAUGAAGUGGCUGGGCGAAUCCAAGAACAUGGUAUUAAAUGGCAGACGACAUGGAAACAAGUUGACCAGCGAGCAACCUGUGAUUCAGAGCCAGUCUCGGUCUCAGCAUUCACAGCGGACCUCCCUGCGCCACAACAAAACCCACCCCAGAAACCGAAGAUGUAGCCGUAGGUUUCAUGCAACCAGCCUGGAGGCAGAGAGGCGAUAUGUACCCUCCUCAGGAAUGACUGCUAAGGAGCUCUGUGAGAAUGAUGACCUGACCACAAGUCUCAUAUUAGAUCCUUACCUGGGCUUUCAGACUCACAAAAUGAACACCAGGUUUCGGCCAGUCAAGGGAAGACAGGAGGAACUGAAGGAAAUCAUUGAACGCUUCAAAAAACACGAUAACUUGGAAAAAGCAUUCAGAGCGUUGAUAUCAGGGGACUGGUCCCGGAAUCUUUUUCUUCACAAGACAAAAUCUCAAGAAAAGCUAUUUAAACAACAUGUUUUUGUGUAUUUGCGGGUGUUUGCCACUGACAGCGGGUUCGAGAUUCUUCCAUGUAAUCGCUAUUCUUCUGAGCAAAAUGGAGCUAAAAUUGUGGCAACGAAAGAAUGGAAAAGAAACGAUAAGAUCGAAUACUUGGUGGGAUGUAUUGCUGAGCUGUCGGAGAGUGAAGAAAACAUGUUACUGCGGCAUGGAGAGAAUGACUUCAGUGUCAUGUAUUCUACUCGCAAGAACUGUGCACAGCUCUGGCUGGGGCCGGCUGCUUUUAUUAAUCAUGAUUGUCGUCCAAACUGCAAGUUUGUGUCAACAGGGCGGGACACUGCCUGUGUGAAGGUGCUGAGGGAUAUUGAACCAGGCGAGGAAAUCUCUUGUUACUAUGGAGAUGGAUUUUUUGGGGAAAACAAUGAAUUUUGUGAAUGCUACACCUGUGAACGACGUGGCACUGGUGCUUUCAAAUCCAAAGCUGGACUCCCUGUCGAAGUUCCGGUGAUCAACAGCAAAUACGGGUUGCGGGAGACAGACAAACGUCUGAACCGUCUGAAGAAGUUAGGAGAAGGAAACCGGAGUUUGGACUCUCACUCUGUCGGCUCCCACACCGAUGACAUAGACUCUCAGGAAUCGUCAAAAACACAUCAAUCUGCCAGAAAAAGAUCAUCUGGCCUCAAGUAUAAAAACAGGACUCAAACAAGACAGACUUUGUCAAGAGCCCUCACUACCUCAUGUUCGAAACAAGGACGUGUAAACAAUAAUAGGGUACCAAAGAGACUAAAAUCCCAAUCAAAGCCUUCACUAAGUAAAGUCCAGUUGCGGAGUCGCAGAAGGGGUUCGGAGCCCAAAGCGUUGGCCAAAGGUGAGAGUUGCCAGCUGGGUCUCAGGGACUCGAAAGUGUCGCUGUAUAAAGGUGUCUCCGUAAAGAAGGAGAAGAAUGGACAGGACCUGGUCCAACAGACCCUUGGCCAGCGGGGAUGCUUAACACGUCAUGCUGCAAAAGAAAAUGUUAAUCUAGCAGUUGUGCAACACAGUAAGGGUUGCCUGUCUUCAACAUACAGAACUCGCAGGUCCACGAGGACACUAGUCAAAGCCCAAGAAACAGGUGGUGUCAAGCUGGAUCCCAGUGCUAUGCACAACUUGAGCCCAGUCUCUGGUGCAAUGGUCAUUAAAUCAGAGCCAUCAGACAUGGAGGAGUAUCUCCACCAUGGGAUAGGUCUGGAGCAGCCAGAAUUAGAUCCCAGCUAUGCCCAAAGGGGCUCAUGCUCAAGACUGAAACGGCCGUCACGGAUUGGGACAGAGCGAACAAUUAAAUGUGAGGACUCGUAUGGUGAGCCGUUUAUGCCAAUGGCAUCUGGUCAUACAGCCAACUACUCAGACUGCGGGAAGGUUCUGUUGAGUUUCUCUGACCGGCAUAGGGACUACAAUGGGGUUGCCAAUGGCAGAAAAUCCCUCCGCAGGGACAAGGGUAAGAGUAGCUGUCGCUCACAAGACAAGGGGAAGAAAAAGCGGCGGAUCACUCGUUAUGAUGCACAGUUGAUCCUGGAGAACACGACAGGUCUCCCCAAACUGACGCUCCGCCGACGGAGAGACAGUAGUAGCAGCAAGACCAAUGAUCCUAACGAUGUCAUUGGUUCUUCAAGUCUUUCUGCCUCGUCAGUGAACUCUGCUUCUUCCAGCAAGAUUAGCAUCAAGUUCAGUAAGGACCAUGACAAGGACAAAGGCAGCUCGUACAUCGCAAAACUUAAUAACGGUUUUGCCCCUGUGGUCCACAGUAACUCGACAAAGCUAAAGAUACAGCUGAAAAGAGAGGAUGACGCACGGAGAAUAUCCCAGAUGAAGGCGGACCAGGUGUCCUUUAAUGGUGACAUGGGUCAGAGUUUUGAGGCUAGAAGUGGUGGACAUCGGACCCAAAAGAUUAUAGCAGACCCAUCAUCUGAAGAUGAAAAUGAUGCGGAUGGUGAUGACGCUGAUGAUGAUGAUGAUGAUGAUGAUGAUGAUGAUGAUGACUACUUUGACAAUGAGUUUGAAGACGAUUUCAUUCCACUUCCUCCGGCAAAACGUCUGCGACUCAUUGUGGGUAAAGACUCCAUUGACAUUGAUAUCUCCUCCAGGAGGAGAGAAGAUCAGUCUCUAAGGCUAAAUGCAUAGCUUGUGGAGCUCAUCACUCAUGUCCCUGUAAAUAAUUAAAACAAGCUAAUCAACUCUUGCGUUGAUGUAAAAUAAGUACAGUAAUUUAAAAACAAAAAUCUAAAAAAAAAAAAGUUAAAUCUGGGCCAAUAUUCAUAAAGAUUCAAAAGUGUUCUCACAGAGCUCCUAAAUUUCCAUAAGUCAAGUUGAUAUGAAAACUUAGAUUUGCAAGAAAGCAUUCAUCUUGUUGUUUUAAAUGCUGAUUGGUGGUAUCCCCCCCACCCCACACACACACACACACACACACACCAAAACACCCGACAAAGCAUUCAUAAACACUCUAGAUAAAGUGCUUGCAGUGCUUGAAAAAAUGUUCAGGCCACCUAUUGCAAUUGACGAGACCACCCAGCAUCAUGGAGUGCUUUAACGCAAACUCUCAAUAUGAUUGAGCUCUUCAACUUGUGAAGAUGCAAUAAUUCGGACAUGAGAAGCCUGUUAGAUCCAUAUAUAAGACUCAGAACAAAUUUCACCGACUCAGAGGACAUAUGAUUCUUUAUGAGUAUGGGCCCAGAACAUUACUUAGAAGGGGGCUGUUAACCUAAAACAAAUCUCAAUUCCAUUCAUCACGAAGUAUCUGAUGUGAUUGUAUUUAUUUUUUUCUCCCCUCACUGCUGGUUUACACCAAUAUGAAACUGUCUUACCAUAUGUAGACAAUUUUAGAAUCAAUUAUCAUAGCCACGCAUGUGAAAUUAAGCUUGAUUUGAGUCAACACAAGGACAAUUUAUUUUGCAGUUGUGACGGUUCAUUUGGAAUCCCCUUUUUGAGGCAUAAAAUGGCUUUGUAUGGAAGGCACUCCAAACAUCAAACAAUCUCCCUUUUCACCCCCUCAAUUUGUUUUGUAUUCGGUUUGAGCAAUUCUGUGUUACCCUCACUGGUUUACCGGCAGCAGAUGUUAUUUUCUUUAAAGACAAAAGUUGCACUCGACCUUGGCAAUUUAGGAUGCAGGAUGAUCAUCUAUUACAAAAGUCUUUGCAGAACCAAAUUGAGAGAAUUGUUUUAUGUUCAACUAAUCCUUUCAGUGAAUGCACUUGUUAUAUUCAUAAUGGACAUUGAUAUUGUAGAAAGUGUACAGUACAGUGACUAUCAACUCUGUCUUAUAGGCAGGUUUUUAUUGAGCUUUGUUUUUUCCUCAUAGUUUGUAUUUUUUUUGUAUGUGAGAAGCCAUGCUGAAUGUUCAGUGUGGUGCCACUUUGUCCAGAAGCAUUAUAUUAGUAAGUCACUUCAUUUGGAUUAAUGUGCCAUGUUUUAAUUACUGCAGUCUCAACCUUGGACUUUUUUUGCAUUUUUGAUCAACAUUUUUUAAAUGUAAACAGAGUUCAAAGAAAUAAAAGCACAUGGUUUUAUUAUACAGUACAUGACUGUAUUUAAAUGGCCUGAUGUUUUUUUUUUUUUUUUUUUUUUUUUUAGUUUUGGAGUCACUCUGUGAUAAAAACAUGGCAUUUUGAAUUAAAUCAUAUUGUUCAAGCAUCAAGCUACCUAUACUUUAAAAGCUCAAUUUCUAAAAGUAAUGUACAGAAAGACUGGCUUAUGUUGCUUAAUCGCUAUUUUCUGCACACCCUCAAUUUUAUUUUUCCUCCAGCAAUUUUGCAAGUACGAAAUGUGAUGUUCAUAAAUGCAGGUUGAGGGAGAAACCUUAUGAUCUCAAACAUACUUGGCUUGGAAUCAUUUGUUCUCUGUGGUGCUACUAGUUUCAUUGCAUUCUCUUGUCCAAUGGUGUGUUGUAUGUGGCAGCAUAAUGUCAGACUUUAAUUCAGUCCAAAUACUUAUCCCUUUUACAUUUUGUCAUUCAUAGAUUUUUGUUUUAAAGUAUAUUCAGCCCAACAUCAACCGGUGCCUUAAGAGAUUUGACCAAAUUUAUAGAAGAAAUCAUUGAAAAAUGACUGGCUUCCCCCUUGAAAUAGCUGCAUUUAACACUGUCAGUCUUUCUGUCUAUUAUUUUUCUCCUCUGGAAGUUAACAACAACCCAGUAGAUUGAGGGAUCAACUUAAAUAGAUUUUUACCUACUUUUCAUGUUAUGUACUGUUAAUAUCACCAGCAGCUAAUAACAGUUCUAAAAUGGGCUUUGUCUCUCUUUUCCUUUUGUCAGAUUGUCUACAUCUUACUACACUGUAAACUGUUCCAGAUGUACCGUUUGUGUGCCGUUUGUCCAAUAGACAGCUGUCAACUUUUCCUAUUGAUUCAAAAAGGAAAAAAAUGUAAAUAAUUUACAGACAUUUAGCGUGUUGCGUUGUUAGUGGGAAACCUGUAAAAAGAAUUAAAACUGGGCAGUGCAUAUAUUGUCCAAUAUGUAAAUCACGUGAACACUCCUUGUACUUAUUUAACAAUUUUGAAUACUGUACUUGAAAACUAUAUA